CUGGGUUGAACUGUAUCAAGGAGGCCUGUUUUGCUACCUUGUUUAUGUCGACGUUCUUACUUUGUAUCGAGUGAAGUAAUACUAGCUCUUAUUUAGGCCUAAGGGAAUUUACUUUUUUUUAUCUGAAUAUCGCGUCAUAGAGGGAAAGCAGCAAAAAUGAAAUGGAUGUUUAAAGAGGAUCAUUCUCUUGAACAUCGAUGUGUAGAGUCAGCCAAAAUUCGCAACAAAUACCCAGACAGGGUUCCAGUAAUAGUCGAAAAAGUAUCAGGAUCACAAAUAGUGGAUAUUGAUAAACGGAAGUACCUGGUUCCCUCGGACAUCACCGUGGCUCAAUUCAUGUGGAUCAUUCGAAAACGAAUCCAGCUGCCAUCAGAAAAAGCCAUUUUCCUGUUUGUUGACAAGACGGUGCCUCAGUCCAGCAUAACAAUGGGACAGCUGUACGAGAAGGAGAAAGACGAGGAUGGUUUUUUAUACGUGGCUUAUAGCGGCGAGAACACUUUUGGCUUUUAAAACACCUUGACUACUCCUACAGACUCCCCCAUCACCCCUUUCUCCAACUCAAUAAUGAUAAGCAAAUGUGUUAUGCGAAAAGGAUGACACAAUGGUGACCAUAAAGAUAGAGAAUGUGGAUGCACCAGUUAUUGCUGCCUCGUUUGUGUGUUUUGAAUUUGUGCACAUUGACAUUCUGUUAUGUAGAGGUUUGAAAGAAGAGUUGUUUGUGUGUGUAAAUAAUUUGUAUUUUUGGUUGGAAGUGCUUUUUAUGUCUCAUCAAUGAUGUAAAAAUAUUUUGUUUGA